AAACAUUAUGUGUAAACAUAUAAAUUAUUUAGCGAGUUCCCGUGUGUUAAGUAAAAGCUCCCGGAUAGUGGACGAUAGCGCCACUGUAGGCUUUAUUGAAACUAAAAACAUCGUGUGUCGUGUGUUACCACCGUCGCAAAAUAUUACGCGAAUUCCCUUCUCUUUCUCUCUCUGCACAGCAAAAGGCGCAUAAGUACUAUAGAUACUAGGUUGUAUACAUUUGCAAAACCAAAUGCAAUGCAUAAAUAUCGUACAGUAGUAGUGAAUAAGUAGAACGUAAAGCUAGAGCUAGAGUCGCUAGAAAGCUAGAAAGCCGUGUGGGACCUGCGAGAGCUGCGAGGACCAUAUAUAUUACCCAUACGUAUAUAUCUAUAUGUUUUUUAACUAUAAUUUGUGUCAGUCAAAAGUCAUCGUUGUAUAGUGUGUACAACAUACCGAUAAUCCCGUAUACCUAUAUUUACUACAGGAUAAGUAUAACAAAUGCAAAACAACACGUCAAACAGCAACUGGACAUACGUCAUUUAGUCUCAUUUGUAAGCUUGCCUUGACCAGCUCCUUUCUCAAAACAGUGUAAUCCCAAAUAGUGAAGCUCACUAACCAAGAGGAAUACUUGCAAAAGUAUAGGUUUUAGUUUACAGCGGAUCAAUAUUUCUUUCUGCACCACCGUCACGAACACUGUACAGAAUAAAUAAUGAAGUCAGAUAUGUUAAGUGUCCUUCUGCUGGUGGUCUUGGCAUCAGUCUCUGGUCUAUCCCAGGACAAAGCUGCUGCUGCAGUGCCCCCUCAGCCACCGUCAGAUACCACAACAGCAUUACCACCUGCAAAUGCAACUACUCAAGCUCCUAAUACCACCACUACAACUAAACCAACAACAACCACGCCAACCACCACCUCCACCACCACUACUACGACGACUUCUACUACCACUUCUACAACAGCUACGCCUCCAACCACAAAACCAACUACAACUAAUCCAUCUCCAAAACCGACUACGUCUACGUCCACCGUAGGACCAACCACUACAGCUUCGCCACCAACUCCAAACCCAUCAAAAGGAGGACAUUCCUUUGAUGGACUGAGCUUUAUGGCUGGCAUAAUUAUGACAACGUGUGUUGUUGGACUAGGCGCCGGAGCUAUCAAGUUCUACAAGAUUAAAACCGAUAGAAGUUAUCGUACGCUCUGAGACUACGCAUUAGUUCAAACAAUUUAAAAAUAAUUAUCAAAAGAUCUGCAGCACUGAGAAGUGUUUAAAAUGCUAAAGUUAAUCAUUUGAAUGAUAGCAAUAUCAUAUUUUUUAUAAGGCGUAUAGCAUUAACUAAAUGCUUAAGUGCUCUUAAUAUGUUAAAAAUUGUUGGUGUGAUUGAUCUGAUAUAAUUUUAAUAUAAUAGUUAAUGUAACGGUAAUUUGAAACAAGAAAGUAUUAUAACUAAGAGAAUGGUAAUAGUAUUUGUAAGAAUCUCAUUUUUACUUUUUUGAUGUUUUUUUUAGCACACAAAAUAUCACCAUCAAUACUUGAUUGAAAAUAUUUGUCCAAAUAUUCUGUGAGUCUAAAAAAGUGGCAUAAGCAUUAUAAACACUAGCAUUUUUAAAUCAAGUCAACAACAAAAACAAAAGCCAUGUAUUCCUUUGAAAAAAAAUUGCUACAACUAAUA